AUGCACCUCGUUAUCUGGGUGUGUAUCCUGUGCCGGAAGAAGCAGGAGCUGCUCAUCAAGACGGGCACCUGGAUGAGCACUGGCCUGGCGCAACACGGGGAGAUGAUGCACCUUGAACACGACUUCUCAGGCGAGGGUGAGGCGGUGGCAGAGCGGUGGAAGAGACAGGAGUUACUAGAAGCCAAGAUCAAAAAGUUUCUUGCGCAUCCUGUGUCGUGGCAGCCGAGUCAAGAUGGUACUCGAAUGAUCGGUCACAUGCUCCUCAACAAGUACGUCAAGGGUGAGGUGGGUCCGGCCUCCAGCGCGGCCAUCCUCGGACUGAAGGUUGGAGGCGGGAAGAUCUUGGACAGUGGCAAGAUCGGGGCGUUGAUAGAGAAGGUGAAGAAGGGAAGUAUUGCUGACACCGUGGGACAUUUGAGGCCUGGAGACGAAGUACUGGAGUGGAACGGAAGGUCACUACAGGGUAAGACGUUCGAGGAAGUAUACGACAUUAUCGCUGAGUCCCGCCAGGAGCCUCAGGUGGAGCUGAUUGUGUCCCGGCAACUAUCUGACGUUGGGAGGCAACCGGCCCGACGACACACACACGCUGGCCUCACGUCUAAAGGUGAGCCCUACGACCCAAGGAAACUGCCGGAGCCGGGUCGUGAUCGUCGCCCCAGUGUCACCAUUACGUCGCCAGGAUCCCCAGAAACGUAUCGGAUACGAACGCACUCGCCCUCCACCAUCGGCAAGUUACAGCUUAAGUUAUGGUUCGAGCCGAUAAACCAACAGCUCGUGGUGACGAUAGUGAGCGCUGUCGACCUCCCGCCUCGGUCAACUGGAACUUCGAGGAACCCUUAUGCGAAGAUGUUUCUCUUGCCUGAUAGAAGCGAGAAGUCUAAACGCAGAACGAAGGCCAUAGCGAACAGCCUUGAUCCACGGUGGAACCAAACCUUCGUCUACAGUCCACUACGACGGGCCGAGCUCAAGUCCCGCUCCCUAGAGAUCACCGUCUGGGACUACGACAGAUAUGGGGCUAAUGAUUUCUUAGGAGAGGUGGUAGUCGACCUGAACGCGGCGCCGCUGGAAGAUGAACCAGAAUGGUAUUACCUGUCAGCCCACGACGACACCCUCCCCCCACACAUGCGGCGAGGCAUGUAUGUGGAUACGGAGUCGGCUUCCACCAUCGCCUCCACCGACCACCUCUCCCCGCCUUCCACCACCUCCCGCCUCAGCGAGUCUGACAUGAGCGACAUCGACCUAGAGGACGGGUCACAUCGGGAGAGACGGACGGACGGCGCCUCCAUCAGCAGCGUUGGGUCGUCUUCCAGUCCGCCGCCCGAGGAACGCCAGAUGGUGAUGGGGCUGGACCAUCGGUCGCGGCGGGACGCGGCGUCGCCCCCCGGCCGCCGCCGCACCGCCACCAUCGUGGGCCGCGAGGACAUGAGGUACCGCGCCAAGGACCUCAGCCUCCCCGCACACACCACCCGCGCCCGCAGCCAAUCGGCGGCGCCCACAGACUCGCCGUCUCUCCAUGUGUCUCGCUCCCGCAGCAAGUCUCCUCGCCGCGCCCCCGAGCCCGCUAGCCGGUCCCUCUCCCCUCCCGAAGCCAGGCCUGGGUAUGGUGGCUCCGGUAGGAUGCCGUCCCGCAGUGCCACGGCCACGCCCACCGGCUCCCCCAAGAAGCGCCAACUCCCCCAGAUCCCCGUGUCCCUCCAGCACGCCUCCAGGGACAAGGUCACACAGCAUUCAUACAUGGACAGAUCAGCCCAGGACCUGGAGGAGCGGACGAGGCAGAUGAAGUUCAGAAUGCGACAGCGGCAGGCGUACAGGUCGGCAGGUCCCGGGUCGGGGGGCGGCCACCUGCAUUCCGGGUACUCCGACUCCGAGCUCCGGACCUAUGACAGGUACACUAGGGGGCGGGGUGGCCUGGUAUCUCCUGAACGUGAGCAAGACAGGGACUUCACGGACUCAGCCAGUGAUAUAGAGAGCGUGGUAAGCGUCACCAGUGCCUUCUCCACACAGAGCGAGAGGCCCAGAGGCUCCAGGAAGCUCAGUAGGCGGCACCUGAGUAGCUUGAAGAGCAACAGUCACGGCUAUGACGUCACCUUGGACCACCCCAAACUCUUGACUGACUUUGACUACGACUCUGGCCAGGACCGAGACCCGUCUUGUAGUUUACUAGAUGUCUCUUUGCGUUCCCUCAGCCCCGUGCGUCGACCCCCUGUGCUCAAGCGAUCCCUCUCUAUGGGCGUGACGACGGGCGUGUCGAGGAGCGCACCGCACCUGGCCGUUCGUCCGCGCUUGCACCCGCAGCCGCAGCCGCGUGCUUUGAUGCGUAGCAACACUGUGGUGAGCGCCGCCCCUCGCCCUUCUCGCUCGUUGCGACACCGCCUUCAGAAGAGCCACAGCCUCGGCGAGAACGACAGGCGGUGGCUCAUGCACCACGACCCAGAGUUCCUGAUCGAGCAAUGGGACAUGAGUCAGUCUCUGAGGGAGAUGGGUCAUAGAGGAAGGUCGAGGUCACUGACCCGUGACGACCUGGUGCUGCGGUCUCACCCUAAGAAGACGGUGACGUAUGAAGACGAGGUGUUGUCCAAGCAGAGGGUCCAGGACCCCUCUGUUGUGUCAAGAAGCUCACUAUCAAUAGAUAAAUCAGUGCCUUAUGAGUCAGAUUUAGUGGUAAGGGAACACAUGCAGGACUCUUAUAUACGUAAGUCUCGGGCUCCUCCUGACGGCUACAGCCAGGCUCAAAACCCGGAGGUGGCGACGACCCCGCCUGAGGCCCUCCGGGGUCUGUACCGUCGACGAAGCUCCGUGCGUCUGGCAGACGGCCAUAGUGCAGGAACCUACUACGGGUAUGAUUCAGACUACAGCGGUGCAGAGACCGAGGUGUUUCUUCCUGACCGAUCCUUAGACCGAUCAUUCAGCUUAGAACAAGUAGACCAGAGAGACCUGAACCCUGAGUUCAGUCGAGCAGUUGACAAACGAACACUGGCACAGCAAGGUCGAGCCGCGACGGACGAGUUCCUCGCUAAUCCUCUGCACGCCAUGCAGGAAGGAUCCAGCCAGACGCUUCCAAGGGCACGACGCCCUACUGCAGGCACACAGCCUCGCAGGACAUUUGUAAGAGCAAACACUGAAAGUGCCCUCCUGCGGGACCCCAACAAGGUCCCUCAGGUAGAUUUGAGAUGGAAACCGUCCAGGGAAGAACGGGAGGGAAGGUACAAUGUUCUUCGUGAGACAAGUGUUGAUGAAGCGCCCCUAGAGGACAGGAGGCCGCUGGAGCCGAGCAGAGGUCUUCACGAUAACCCUAGCCUCGUACACGUGUUUGACGGAGGCGCUCCACCAGAGGCGUGUGGCUCAGACGAUGUGUCUGUUCCCAUGGAACAGCGGAGACGCGACCACAGCAGACCCGUGGACGAGAGAGUACGUUACUCCGGCGAGGCACCACCGCAGGAGUACGACAAGAACUAUGAAGCGCAGCAGGCGGAGGCGCAGAAGUAUCAAGACCAACGUAGGUACAGUAGGUCUGUCUCGCUAGAUCAAGGCAGACGUAGAGAACAGGACCUGGUGGAGGAGCGGAGGUACCACCAGGCGGCAGCUGUGGACCACAGAAGAAAACGGAAGCAGGUGGCCGGUGAGGGCAGAAGGUACCGUGAGCAAGACCCGAGGAGUGAGGAAAGGUAUGUAGAGCGAGACCCGAGAGAAGAGGACAGGUACAGAGUACAAGACCCGAGAGAGGGAGAAAGAUACCUCGAGCGAGACCCAAGAGACGAGGCGAAAUAUCAAGAACAAAUUCCAAUUGAUGAAGCAGGUUAUCGAGAACGAGACCCGAGAGAUGGAGAAAGAUAUCGAGAACGAGACCCAAGAGACGAGGCAAGAUAUCGUGAAGUUGAUCCACGUGAUGAAGGAAGAUACCGAGAACACGGCCCGAGGGAUGAGAGAAGACCUCGAGAGCGAGACCCUAGAGAUGAGGGCAGAUAUCGAGAACACGAUUUCAUCAACAGAGAUCGAUACCAGGAACCUCUGCCUGUGACCAGAGAUCGCUACAGAGACGAUCGACUCCUUGAUAAAGAACGGUACAGAGAGGAAGGCCAGGAGAGGUACAGAGAGGAAGUUCCGCUUGACAAAGAACGGUACAGAGAGGAAGGUCAUGAGAGGUACAGAGAGGAAGACCAGGAGAGGUACAGAGAGGAAGGCCACCUAGACAAAGAACGGUACAGAGAGGAGGGCCACCUUGAUAAAGAACGGUACAGAGAAGAGGGCCAUCUUGAUAAAGAACGGUACAGAGACGAAGGCCACAUUGAUAAAGAACGGUACAGAGAGGAGGGCCACCUUGAUAAAGAACGGUACAGAGAAGAGGGCCACCUUGAUAAAGAACGGUACAGAGACGAAGGCCACAUUGAUAAAGAACGGUACAGAGAGGAGGGCCACCUAGACAAAGAACGGUACAGAGAGGAAGGCCACCUUGAUAAAGAACGGUACAGAGAAGAGGGCCACCUGGAGAAAGAACGGUACAGAGACGAGGGCCACAUUGAUAAAGAACGGUACAGAGAGGAGGGCCACUUGGAGAAAGAACGGUACAGACAACACGAUGGAGUCAGCGACGCGAGGUACAGGGAACAGGGAGCCAUUGAGAAAGAGAGAUACAUAGAACAAGGAGCCAUAGAGAAAGACAGAUACAGAAGACAAAGUACAGUGGCUGAUGAGCGAUACAGAGAUCAGGCUGACAUAGAUUACAGAAGAUACAGAGAUCAGGCUGCUGUAGAUAAGGACGGGUACAGAGGCGCAGUGUCGUUGGACCAGGAGAGGUACAGAGUUAAGGGACUUGUGGACCAACACGCGCCGUACAGAGAGGAGGAAGAGAGGGCCUACCACAGAGGUCUCCUCCCAGAGGGUUAUAACGGCCAGGUAGAUGACAGGAGGUACUAUGAUCCUAAAGGCAGUAGGAAGGACCUCAGAGAACGGAAGAUUUAUGAUCAAGAGGGUGUCCUUUAUGUAGAGUCCUAUGAGGGAGAGGACCCGAGAUACAGAGGAGACCAGGAAGCUCGAGGGGGUGGUAAGAGGUAUCCCUCCGCGGCAUCCGGCUACGUCCCCAACUUUACCCACCACGACCCUCCAAGACCACAGGACCGACGUGACAGUGCUUCUCACCUGCAGCACCCCCAGCACCCUCACGACCUUGCUCAUGCACAUGGCCAUCCUACUAACACUACCUACGCCCACCCUUCUAACACCACCCACGCCCACCCUUCUAACACCCACGAGACUUAUGCAGACCUAUCCUACAAUGUAGCAGAGUCCCGUCCUCAGUACCUACCCGACGCAGACGUAGUCGAAGGCGAGAACCUUGACACAGACAGACCCUUAACACCCCGAGUUCGCCACAGUUCCUCAGUUAGUAUUAAUGAGCACCCCGAGUACUUUGAAUUUGACGCCAAUAGUCCCCCUAGUAUGGAGCCUCGCGCAGACGCUGAUGUAGACCCUUCUUCUAAUCCUGCUAGUGAGUUUAGCCAACGGAUCACCGCCUAUGGGCCCGCGGGAGUCAGCUACGGCGGGGCAAGUAAACGCGGUCAGCUGGGCAGGAGCCUCUCCACCAGCGAGGUCCCCGAGACGGAAAAAGCUGAGGAGGAAGGUGUGGGAGGAGGAGGAGAAAUAAACGAAGGCGAAGGGAAAGAAGACGAAGGCAUGGUAGAGGAGGUGGAGGGAGUAGUGGAGGGUGGCGAAAUGAUGGCGAAGGAGGGUUGCGAGGAGGGCGAGGUGGUGGAGGAGGAGGAGGUGGAGGAGGAAUGUCCUGAGGGAGAGUGCAGCGCUGAGGGCUCCACCACCCCCCCGCCGGAGGCCGCCGCGGCCGGGGGCUCCGUCAACCUGGACUCCCUCGACGUCGAGAAGCUGGAUGGCAGCUUGAGUGAUUCGGCUACUGGUAUGCUUUCGGUGGAGGGGAAAGAGAGGAGACGAGUUAACAACGGCAAACAAGGUCAAUCACUAGGGCUCUCUAAAAAGUCCUCCUCCACCUCCAAGCUGUCUGAUACUGAGGGCGGUAGAAAGCGUAGUACUAGUGGGGUGCAGCGAUCUCAGGAGGUGAUACCCGCACCUAACCAGGCUCGCUUGGUUAAACAACCAUCUAAGGAGUCCACGGACGGUAGCAUGAAUAGCAUCAGUUCUGAGGGCUCCUCCCGCGUGCCAUCCUUGCGUCUGGGUACUGAUGGGCAGCUGAGCGAGUUCAUUGAGGGCCUCGGUCCUGGGCAGCUGGUGGGGCGGCAGGUGUUGGCGGCUCCAGCUCUCGGGGACAUCCAACUCUCCAUGUGUGAACGGAAGAACAAACUUGAGGUGGAAGUGAUACGAGCGAGGGGCCUCCAGUGCAAGACGGGUUCUAGAGUCUUACCUGCUCCGUACGUGAAGGUGUACUUGGUAGCGGGUAAGAAAUGUGUAGCCAAAGCCAAGACCGCUACAGCCCGUCGGACACUGGAUCCACUUUAUCAACAACAACUGAUCUUCCACGAGAGAUAUCAGGGGUGUGUUCUGCAGGUGACGGUGUGGGGCGACUACGGCAGGAUGGAGGGCCGCAAGGUGUUCAUGGGUCUAGCUCAGAUCAUGCUCGAUGACCUUGACCUCUCCAACAUCGUCAUCGGCUGGUACAAGCUGUUUGGCACUUCCUCCCUCGUCUCGCUGCCGACACUCACCCGUCGCGGCUCCAUGGCAAGUCUCGACAGCUUCGGGUAGACGACUGGUGGUGAAGGGGUGUCGUCCCCUUAAACCCCCCUAAAGGGAGGUCCGCACCACGCCCACCCUCACCAUGGGAUCAAGCACACGUCUGUGCCUGCCUCACACACCACCACCUGUCAACUAGUGCAGCAGCAGAACAAUUCUCAACGAUACUUGCAACCUGCAAUGUUGCUAUCAAGCAGAGUGUUUGAGGCUUUUCAUUGGGUGCUCUCUUUUGUCUCUGUUUCUAGACUGGAUCUGACACUAACUGCUUGUGUUGCAUUAAUGAUAUAAGAGGCUCAAAGACAUCAUCGACAUGCCUAAUGUGGAGACGAUGAUAAAGUCGUCCUGACGCAGUACUUGGGGCAGUUGAGUGCCCCCAGGUGAGGAAG